CAUUUUUUGUUGAGGAGGCGGAUUUAGAUACAACACCGGCACUGGCCUUACUAGAUAAGAACAGCAGGGAAACAGAAUAAACAACACCACCAGGCUGGUCAUUCCGAAAGUGAAAAUCGAAAGUGUUCUAAAGUAAAAAGUGAAUCCAUUUUUCCAGUUUUGGUUUUUUCCAAACAGCGCGUAACAGCUGCAGAAGUAACGCGUGCAGACUCGAAGUUAAACACACCUGUCGUGCAACGUAUACAGAGGAUCGUGACACUUUCAGGGAAGAUGGGAAGCUCACUUAGCUCAACAAGAUCUUCCAGCUCUUCCAGCUCAGAUGAGGAUUCUGACUAUGGUAACAUCAUGGACGUUGAAACUACGGGAGCUUCAUGGCAAACAGCUCAGCAGGACAACCUGGGUUAUUCAGGUGUACCUGCUUCACACAAAAUGGCCGAGAUGGAUGCAGAAAGAAUGAAUAAAUACAAAAAAAAAAUCCAAAGUGUGGCAGAAAUAUUUGGAAUUGAUCCAGCUAUUAUUGCUGCCAUCAUCUCCAGAGAGUCCAGGGCUGGAAAUACUCUCGACGAUGGCUGGGGAGACUGGAACCCAAAGAGGAAUGCAUAUAAUGCCUUUGGACUGAUGCAGGUUGACACCAACCCAGAAGGAGGUAAUCAUUCUCCAGAAGGAGAAUGGGACAGUGAGGAGCAUCUCAACCAAGGCACUGAGAUUCUAAUUGAAUUUAUUGAGAAGAUCAGUUGGAAGUUUUCCAACUGGAGCACGGAGCAGAAGCUGAAAGGAGGGUUAGCUGCCUACAACAUGGGGGAUGGAAAUGUGCAUUCUUACAACAAUGUGGAUCAACACACUACAGGUGGAGACUACUCAAAUGAUGUUGUUGCCAGGGCUCAGUGGUACAAAAAAUAUUUUUAACAGCUGGGCUUUUAUGAAAACUUAAGAAAAAUCACAAAAGAAACACUUGCUUAUCUUGUGUGAUAAAAUGAACACGUGUGGCUACAUAAGCAUGAUGCAGAGCAAACUUUAAACUGUUUGUAUUGAUAAAGUCUCCAAAAUAUGAAGGAAGCAUCUUGUGUCAAUAAAAGUACUGCAAUGCAAACUCA